CUCCUCCCUCUCUGUCUCUCCCCGUGUAUUUUAGCUGGAGCCCGGCCACACUUUAGUCACUCCUCGCUGCGAACCGGAGCGCAAACAUGGCUGCUAACAAGGUGAUCGUGUAUGGCGGAAGAGGCGCUUUGGGCUCGAAGUGUGUCCAACUUUUCAAAUCCAAAGGAUGGUGGGUUGCCAGCAUCGACAUGGUUGCGAACGAGGAGGCGAACGAAAACGUGAUCGUGAAGUUGAGUGAAUCUUUCACCGAGCAGGCAGCACAGGUGACGGCAGACGUGGCCCAGUUACUAGGGGAACAGAAAGUAGAUGCCAUCUUGUGUGUGGCAGGAGGAUGGGCGGGAGGAAGCUGCAGUUCCAAAGAUUUAUACAAAAACUCAGAUCUGAUGUGGAAACAGAGUGUGUGGACCUCCACUAUCUCCAGCCACCUCGCCUCUCUGCACCUAAAACAAGGCGGACUGUUGACUUUGGCCGGGGCCAAAGCGGCCCUGUCAGGCACCGGAGGCAUGGUGGGCUAUGGCAUGGCCAAAGCUGCCGUCCACCAGCUGUGUCAGAGCCUUGCAGCAAAAAACAGUGGGAUGCCCUCCGGAGCUGCUGCUGUGGCUAUACUACCGGUUACCUUGGAUACGCCAAUGAACAGGAAGUUCAUGCCUAACGCAGAUUUCAGUUCCUGGACACCGCUGGAGUAUGUCGCAGAAAUGUUCUUCAGCUGGGCCACAGGGACAAACCGGCCGGCUUCCGGAAGCCUGAUGCAGCUGCUGACCUCCGGAGGCGAAACCCAGGCUGUGGCCGUGCAGUAGAGGACAGAGUGGAGCUGUGGAGACGGUGAUGGGGGUUGGGAGGGAAAGAAGGAAGGAGAAGCGGCGAGGAGGGAGAGAUGAGGAGAUGGAGAGCAUAGAGAUAUGGACUGGUGGAGUGGAGGAGGAGGAGGAUGUGGGGAAGGAGAGUUAGAGAGAUAGGAGGAGUGAUGAGGGUGUAGAGGUGAAGAAGAGAGAUGGUGACAGAGAAGGAGCUGAAUAAAAUGAGGAGGUGGAGAAGAGACGGUGAGAUGGGUUUGUUUUGUAGGGGUGAGGAGGAGGAGGAGGAGGAGGAGGAGGAGGAGCCCUUUCAUUGCAAAUGCAGCCUCACAGCGCCAUCUAGCUGUAAAUCCCUAUAGUUAUUGUAACAGUCAAUCAGACUGGGUUAAAUCCAGUAAUGGUGAAACACUAUUAGCCAGUUUCGGACCCACUUGAAGGUGCACGCUCCACUCUUGUACAACAGUUUGGAGACUUAUAAAGAAGUAUUCUCACAAAGAUCAGCAAAGUGAAGAGUGUUAAAGGAGAAAUUUCACAUUAAAAUGUGUGUGUGUAGCUCAUUUUUGAUCAUGACUGUGUGGAAGCUGUCACUGAUUGAGAUACUUAUAAUUUGUCAUACCAAACCUUGUAAUUCUGUGUCAUAGUAAUGUUACUACUAUAAUGUAUAAAAUAGCUGAAAAUGAUUGAGCUGUGUUAACUUUUUCACCACAUUUUUCCAAAAUACACAUCAGCAACUUCAUACCUACACUAGCGACGGUCAUUUUCUUAAACAACCUAUGAAAUUCAACACUUGACUGUGUUGGUCUGGCGUGGCGUGAGAUCUGUGGACCUUCCUGUUUGUCCCCUGAAGGUCCUCUGCCACGGCGGGACCUCAGAGCCGAAGAAAGCCGCUGUCUUCUCUGAAAUGCGGACAAUGCAGCUUAAAGUGGAGUGGCCUUAUUUUAUGUCUGUAGCUAUAGAGUCCAAGUGUCCUUGGUGUCUGUGGUAUGAACAGUGGUGCUCUGCUCCUGUUGUGGGUUUUCUAAAUGGUGUAUUGUAACUGUGUUACAUUCCCACUAAAAGUCAAAAUAAAGAAUCAAUUUUAGAAGU